CGGCGGCCCCGGAGAUCGGACGCCCCACGCAAAGCAGCUCUCCAGCACCGCGACUGCUCCGGUGUUGAGUGAUCAUAGUAAAUAGGCUAAAAUGAGGCUGAUCUGGUGCUGCAGCGCUCUGCUGCUGCUCCUCAUCCCCAGAGCCUGUCAAGGCGGCAACAUCUUGGUCUUUCCUAUUGAAGGCAGCCACUGGGUGAACAUGGAUGUCCUGCUUCAAGCUUUGCAUUCCAGAGGACACAACGUAACUAUUGUGCGUUCCAGCAAAAGCUGGUACAUCAAGGAGAAGUCCUCCUAUUACAAAAGCUAUACAGUACAAGUGGAGAGGAGCUUAGAUCAGAAGAUCAUUACAGACAUCAUAUCUAAGACCAUUGAAUUUGAAAGGGGGGCUCUUCCCUUGGUAAGUUUUCUGCACAUGACUGUAGGAAUGUUCGGCACGUUUCUUGAUGCUCACGCAGCCGUGGGUGAAUUUGUGUCGGCCAUGCUGGAUGAUCAAGAGUUGAUGAAGACAUUUAAGGACAGCAAGUUCGACCUGGUGCUCACAGACCCGUGCUGGGGCGGUGGAAUCAUAUUGGCCAAAUAUCUGAACCUCCCUUUGGUUUACAAUGUUCGCUGGCUACUUGCUGGGGAGGCUCAUCUUGCUAUUGCUCCUUCACCUUUAUCAUAUAUUCCUAUUACAGGAUCCGGCAACACCGAUAAGAUGACCUUUUUUCAGAGAGUUAAAAACAUGAUUUUGCAUCUAAUAACCAAAACACAUCAUCACUUGGUGACUCAGCAAAUCUACCAGAAAUUAUGUGACAAAUACCUUGGGCCUGGUCAUAAUUAUAACCAAUUAGAGCUUGAAGCAGACAUUUGGCUCAUGAGAGCGGACUUUGUGUUUGAGUUUCCUCGCCCCACCAUGCCUAAUGUUGUCUAUAUGGGAGGGUUCCAGUGUAAACCUGCCAAACCUUUACCCGAACACCUGGAGGAGUUUGUGCAGAGUUCCGGAGAGCACGGAGUCGUCAUCAUGUCAAUGGGGACUUUUGUGAAUCAACUUCCUGCUGAUCUAACAAAUGAGAUGGCUGCCGCUUUUGCCAAAUUACCUCAGAAAGUCAUCUGGAGGCAUAAAGGUGACAGACCAGCGGCUCUGGGCAACAACACUUUACUAGUCGACUGGAUGCCGCAGAAUGACCUUUUAGGACAUCCCAAGAUAAAAGCAUUCGUGGCUCAUGGAGGAACAAACGGAGUUCAAGAGGCAAUUUAUCACGGAGUCCCAGUUGUGGGUUUACCCUUGUUUUUCGACCAAUACGACAACCUGCUGCGUCUGAAAGAGAGAGGAGCAGCUAAGAUUCUUACAUUAGCCACAGUGGACAAAGACGACAACUUCCUGAAGGCCAUACAGGAAGUCCUGCACGAGCCCUCCUACAGGAUGAACGUGCAGAGGCUCUCCAGGCUGCACAGAGAUCAGCCGAUGAAGCCGCUGGAUACCGCCCUCUUCUGGAUAGAGUUUGUCAUGAGACACAAAGGUGCAGCUCACCUGAGAACAGAGUCCUACAGACUGCCCUGGUAUUCCUACCACUCUGUGGAUGUAGUUUUGUUCCUGGCUGCAGCUGUGCUACUUGUGCUUUGGACCAUUUUCAUUUUGAUCAGGUGUUUGUACUCUACAGUGUGUAAACAUAAAGUCAAACGUGACUAAUCGUUCAAGGUAUAUGCAUUUUGUUUGUUAGAUUUGGAUAAAUAAAUAUAACAAAAAUGCAGAUGGAUGUUGCUAAGUUAGAGAUUAAUAUAACAUUUGUUCAACUGCUCAUUUAUGCUGCAUUUUGAUAUUUUGUUACGAAGCAAUGCCAUGAUUUUUGUUAUUUUAAUUUGUUUCAUGAUUCAUUUUAUUAAAGUGUUUUAUGA